CUCCGCUUGGAAAUUAAAGCCGCAGCACGAGCGCGCGCGCUCUGGAUCCCGCGAGAGAGUUCUCGUUAUAAAACACUCCGCACGCGCAUCAGUGGAUUUCGGUCUCAAGUCUUGAGGUCCAGCUGGAAACAAAAACUAAUAUAUUUAUAUAAAAGAAAAACUUUUAUUUAUUGAGGGGUCGGUGUCGUGCGCUGAACGCGUGUUAGUGAGUGAGAACAUUUUCUAAGGAAUUUUCAAGUUUUUGUUUUUUUAAACCCCGAAUAGCGUUUCGUAUGAAUCUACUCGACCCCUACCUCAAGAUGACGGACGAGCAAGACAAGAGUCUGUCGGACGCCCCGAGCCCGAGCAUGUCCGAGGAUUCCGCGGGGUCUCCGUGUCCCUCCGCCUCUGGUUCUGGCUCGUGCUCGGACGUGGAGACCGGCGGUGGCGUGCGCGCGCGCGACGUCGGCGGCGAGCUGAAAAAGUUGGACGGGGAGGACGAGCACGAGAACAACGAGAAGUUCCCGCAGUGCAUCCGCGAGGCCGUGUCGCAGGUGCUUAAGGGCUACGACUGGACGCUCGUGCCUGUGCCGGUGCGCGUGCACGGCGCCAGCAAAAACAAGCCGCACGUGAAGCGGCCAAUGAACGCGUUCAUGGUGUGGGCCCAGGCCGCGCGCCGCAAGCUCGCAGACCAGUACCCUCACCUGCACAACGCCGAGCUGAGCAAAACCCUGGGCAAGUUAUGGAGAUUGCUGAACGAUACAGAGAAGCGUCCAUUCGUAGAAGAGGCUGAGCGCCUACGCGUGCAACACAAGAAGGAUCACCCCGACUACAAAUACCAGCCACGGCGAAGGAAAUCAGCCAAGAACGGUCAGGGCGAGGGGGAAGAGGGUCCCGAGCACACGCACGUCUCCACCAACGCCAUCUUCAAAGCACUGCAACAAGCCGAUUCUCCAGCAUCCAGCAUGGGAGAGGUGCACUCCCCCAGCGAGCAGUCAGGCCAGUCCCAGGGUCCCCCGACUCCGCCCACCACCCCCAAAAUUGAUGCUCAGGCAGGCAAAAGUGAGCCAAAGCGUGAGGGACGCCCAUUGCAGGAUGGCAUCGCAGUUACCGUUGGCUCUGGCGGGCAGCGUCAGCUUAACAUCGACUUUCGCGAUGUGGACCUGGGGGAACUGAGCAGUGACGUCAUCUCGCACAUGGAGAGCUUUGAUGUGGCCGAGUUUGACCAGUACCUGCCACCUAACGGGCACCCCGGGCACGGAUGGAUGAGCUCAGCGGCCAGCGGUUGGAUGACCAAGAGCCCCAGUUCCAGCCCUCAGGUGGGUGCUACCAGCCCUGGUGAGGAUCAGAGCCAGCAGAGAACAACGCACAUCAAAACAGAGCAGCUGAGUCCUAGCCAUUAUGGCUCCUUCAACCUGCAGCACUACACCACGUCCACUUCGUCCUCUGCCUUCCCAUCAUGCAUCAGCCGGCCUCAGUACGACUACACCGAGCAGCCAGCCGGCUCCGCGUCCUAUUACUCGGUGGGCCAGGGCUCGCUUUAUUCCACCUUUAACUACAUGAGUUCUAGCCAGAGGCCCAUGUACACCCCCAUCACCGAGACCCAGUCAGGCCACAGCCCCCAGCACUGGGACCAGCAGCCGGUCUACACACAGCUCUCCAGACCCUGAGAACACACACAUGCACGCAAACACACAUACACAUGAAGAAACACACGCACACAGAGACACACACACACACGCACAUGCAGUGAGAUUAUUUUACAAGGCUGAUGGCCCACAUCGAGACCCUGCAUCACUCUUCCUGUAAAGCACACACUUGAAUACUCACCAGAGGAAGACUGAAAGAAAAGCUGGACUUUUAAAAAAAGAGCAGCUCACGACGUGCCUUUUUCAUCUUUAAAAUCGCCUGAUGCCAAUUAGAUAUAUAUUUUUAGCCUUGAUUGCGAGAAAAGAGAAACAUUUUUCUGCGAAAAGAAGAAUCCUCUGUGAGGACUUAAUUAAUUAUUGUACUUUAGUAUGUACUGUGUAUGUUUUCUUACCUUUUCCAGAGCUGAUAGGGAUUUUAUUCUGUAGGGAAAAUGGAUUCUUUCUUUUUUUGUUAGUUUGUUUGCUUUUUUUUUUUUAACUAAACCACUCUUAGCCGUUCUGCCUAGUCAUCCUCAUGGUAAUUUUUAUUUUUUAAAUAAGCCUCUAGGAUUCUGUUUGCUUCGCUAGUGGACCUUCAUGCCGUCGCGUCCUACAUUAAGUUCACUUUAAUUAUUUCUUGUAUUUAUGAUUAUUAAAACUCUUCCUGAUGCUUUAGA